AUAUUACAUUCAUAUUUUUUAAAAAUAUUUAUAUUUAUUUUUGUUUUUAUUUCUCUUUUUCUCUCUCUCAGGGAGAAAAGAAAAAAAAUCGUUCAUCCAUCAUCAAUCCAUCAAUGGCGAUGAGGAAGCUUUUGACGAAGCGUCUCUUCAGCAUCUCGAACCAAGCCUCGCAGAGCCUAACGAACUGCCGCAUCUCUUCAUCUUCGUUAGCCGUACGAACACGAGUCCCCAAGGAGUCAGGAGAGGCCAGAAUCGCGCCGGAGCCCGGAGACUCCUCGAUCUCGCGGCGGUUUCUGCACAACACGGCCAUGAUUCGGCCGGAGAUCAUGCAGAUGCCGCUGGGAGGGAGCCUGAUCGAGAAGCUCCGCGAAAUCGACGGCAGCAAGGGGAGAAUCCGAUUAGACGGCAUUGCUCCGCCGAUGGCGACGGAGACGGAGACGGAUAAGCCUAGUUUGACGGUGGAGGACACGAAGAAGCUUCUCAGAGCUGCGCAGAUCGAGAUCGUGAAAACGAAGCUUAGAGAGACGGGGAAGAGCUGGAUGGCGUAUGAGGAGUUUGUUAGCGUUUGCGGCGAAGCGUCUUCGGAUCUGGAUCAUGGAGCUAAGAUAGCGAAGAUGCUUGAUGAUUCAGCAAACGUCAUCGUUUUGGGAGAUUCUGUUUGUAUAAGACCAGAUCAGGUUACAAAAUCCAUUGAAGGCUUGCUUCCAUUGCCCAAGGUUCGUAGCCCGAAUGACCCACGAAGGAUCGAGUUAAAAGAGCUCGAAGCAGCGAAGGCAGUGAUCGAUGUGAAAGCACAGUCUUUGGUGCGGAGGGAGCUCUGGGCUGGUCUGGGUUACUUGAUCCUGCAGACCGCGGGGUUCAUGAGGCUAACGUUUUGGGAACUCUCGUGGGAUGUGAUGGAGCCGAUCUGUUUCUAUGUCACGUCUAUAUACUUUAUGGCUGGGUAUGGUUUCUUCCUCAGGACAUCGAAAGAGCCGUCCUUUGAAGGGUUUUACCAAAGCAGGUUCGAGGCCAAACAGAAGAAGCUGAUGAAUGUUCAUGGGUUUGAUGUUGAGAGGUAUGGUGAGCUGAAGAAGCUGUUUUGCCAUAAGGCUUCAGAUCGUGUUUCCAAGAUUCUUGGAACUAUCCAGAGUUAGAUUUUUGAUUAGACGAGUCAAUGUUGUUGUGUCUGAUUUUUCCUAACUAGAGAAUUCUACCACCAAAAAAUGAAAAAAAAAAAGGUAGAUGAAGUUCUCAAGUUUUCAGUUUUCCAAAGAAAAAAGUGUUCGAAUUAUUGCGGCUUGUGUAACAUCAGGGAAGAGUUAUGUUCUUCGUUUUCAAGGUUUUUCAUUUAUGAGAUUAAUCUAAAAUGUAACCAUUAUGUAAAUAUAUAACAUGCAAGUGUUUGAAAUGUAAUACAAGAAAAGUUAUCAUUA